AUAAAGCAAAGGGGCUCCCCCCAUGUCACGUUCGAACCCAGCUAAGCUCUCUCUCUCUUUCUCUCUCUCGGUCCGAGAAAGCGCAACAGGAACACUUCCACCUAUAAAGAAAACCAGCCAUCCCUUACCCAUCAAUAUUAAACCGCCGCUCAAAUUCUUGCUUUAGCCAACUCUACCUUCUCCUUUCAUUCUUGCUUUUCUCUCUUCUCAUCUUCCCAGUCUUCCUUCUUUUCUUUCUUUUGGAGCAUUGAUCAUAACCCCCAGCACGAGAUGGUUGGUCUUUCCUCUUGCCCACCUCUGUUCUUUCUCAAGUACAAGCAGUCCCCCUCCUAGAGAGGAAGGAAGCAACGCAGACGAUGAGGAAAAGCAUGGGUUACGCUAGCAGGUGUUCGAGGGUUUUGUUUGGAGCUUUUGUAUUUGUUUGCUUUGUUGCCAUUUUGUGCUGUGUUGAGAUAGUAGCCGGCGGUGGAAUCACAACAGUAGAAAUAGCAACGCCAUCAACAAGAAGCUUGAAGCAUUUGGAGGUGCUAACAAGUGAAAGACCUUCUGUUCAACCCGAUUUAGAUCUCAAUUACAUGAGCAAGAGAAGGGUUCCUAAUGGACCUGAUCCCAUCCACAACAGGAGAGCGGGAAAAUCCAGACAACCUCCUGGUCGAGCUUAAUUAGGCGUCAAGAGUAUGGAGAAGAGCUUCACUUUGUGUAGAAUAUGAGUUAACAAGAUUUAUCUUGUGUGUCUUUUGAGUGAGGAUUGUAGACACUCGGAACAUUAGAGAAAUCCUAAUCUGCAUAGUGCUCACCGGUUUACACAAUUUGUUGUGUCUAUGUGUGGAGAGAUGGGCCGGCCGGGAGUAAAGAAAGCCAAGUUUCUCUCGCACAAAAAUACACGUACAAGCAUUCUCAGAAAGAUUAAACCACCUUUGCAGGCUCCUCACUUUAGCAUUUCCAUGUUCCUUUAAUUUUGUGAGAUAAAGAGAGGGAGAUAGAUAAGGAGAAAGGGAAAGAGAUUCAAGAAUAGGGAUUAUCUUUUGCAUGUAAAGACCCAAAAAAAAAACAAGUAGAUACUAUAAAAAAAAGAAAAGAAAGAAGAUGGAAACACAACCCAAGAAAUGUUCUAGUAGACAUACAUGAUAUGAUCAGAAGGUAUGUAGCAAUCUCUUUCAAUCAAUCAUCUUUGGCUUUGGCUUGGUUUGGCUGCUUUUUUUA